GGGGAGGGAGCCACAGGCUGAGCUGAUCCCACGUGUGACGCUUGCAUUCCCGGCUCAGUAAAAUUCUCUUUAGCGUGCUUCGUUGUAGUGUUGUGCCGCCUGUCUUCGUUAGUUACUGGCUAUAGUUGGGUUAGCUAUGGAGGGAGACGGGAGCCAAGCCACAUCUGGAGGAAGCCCUAAUGAUUCGCAACACGACCCGGGUAAAAUGUUUAUCGGUGGUCUCAGCUGGCAAACUUCACCAGACAGCCUUAGAGACUAUUUUACUAAAUUCGGGGAAAUCAGAGAAUGUAUGGUGAUGAGAGAUCCAACGACAAAACGCUCCAGGGGCUUUGGAUUCGUUACUUACGUAGAUGCUGCCAGUGUAGAUAACGUCUUAGCUCAGCCACAUCACGAAUUAGACUCAAAAACGAUCGAUCCAAAAGUUGCCUUCCCUAGACGUGCUCAACCCAAGAUGGUCACAAGAACAAAGAAAGUAUUCGUAGGAGGAUUAUCAGCGAACACAGUAGUUGAAGAUGUGAAGCUGUAUUUUGAACAGUUUGGCAAGGUAGAGGACGCCAUGCUUAUGUUUGACAAAACGACUAACAGACACAGAGGUUUCGGCUUUGUAACUUUCGAGGUUGAGGACGUUGUGGAGAAAGUAUGCGAGAUCCACUUUCAUGAAAUCAAUAAUAAAAUGGUGAGUGGCUCUGGCUUUUCAAAACGGCGAAUGGUGCUGGCUGGAUUAAUAUUUGAUUUUCUCUUUAGCAGAGCGGUAACGACGGCAGGCAUCUCACACACACACACAGGUUUUUAGGGCUAUGGAGUCAGU